AAUAUCAACACCUACAUGACAUAAUAUAAUCCCUCCCUCCAUCAAUAUAUAUAAAUAUUAGUCCAUAUCGCUUUCUCUCAUAUACCAUUUUGAUUUCAUUACCUUACUUACCAUAUGAAUCAUGGACUAUCACUAUGACACUGCCUCCUCCUCAUCUCACUCCAACCACUACCUCCAACUUUCAGGGUCAACAUCCCUCACCUCACAACGCAGCCUCCUCUCAGUUCCUUCCCUCAACAACUCUCACAACAAUCACCAUCACCACCAUCUCAAUUCCCACCUCAUCAAAACCCUCAAAUCCCAUAACACAUCCUACAUAUCCUCUCUCACCCUCUUCGGCAAAUUCCUCCUCACCGGUUCAUCCGACAGAGAAAUCACAACCUGGAACAUAACCAUUCCCGAACAACAACAACAGAACUCAACAAACAAAGUAGUCGCAGGUAAAGGCGCUGUUAAAUCCUUAGUAAUUCAAUCGAACACAAACACAAACACAAACACAAACACCCUUUUUAGUGCUCAUCAAGACCACAAAAUCCGAGUUUGGAAACUAACCAACGACCAAAAAUACACCCAUUUAGCAACACUUCCAACACUCGGUGACCGUGCUUCCAAGAUCUUAAUCCCGAAAAACCAUGUCCAAAUUCGAAGACACAAAAAAUGCACGUGGGUUCAUCACGUAGACACUGUUUCUUCACUUGCUCUGUCUAAAGAUGGAAACUUGCUCUACUCUGUUUCAUGGGACAGAACAAUCAAAAUCUGGCGAACCAGAGACUUCACUUGCUUGGAAUCAAUAACAAACGCACACGAUGAUGCUAUAAACGCGGUUGUAGUUUCUUACGACGGUGUUGUCUACAGUGGAUCAGCUGAUAAGAGAAUUAAAGUGUGGAAGAAUCUUCAGGAUCAUAAGAAACAGAAACACUGUUUGGUUGAUACCUUGGAGAAACACAACUCUGGAAUCAAUGCUUUGGUUUUGAGCAGUGAUGAAUCUGUUCUGUAUUCUGGUGCUUGUGAUAGAUCAAUAUUGGUUUGGGAGAAAGCCGAUGAUGCUGAUGCUGAUGAUGGAAAAAUGGUGGUGGUGGGUGCGUUAAGGGGACACACAAACUCUAUACUAUGUUUAGCUGUUGUUUGGGAUUUGGUGUGUAGUGGUUCAGCAGACAAAACCAUAAGAAUUUGGAGAGGUGUUGGUAGAGAUUAUUGUUGUUUGUCUGUUUUACAAGGACAUCAAGGUUCAAUUAAGUGCUUAACUGCAGUAGUUGAAAACUGUGAUGAUAAUUCAGAAUCAGAAGAAGCAUCUUUUCUAGUUUAUAGUAGUAGUUUAGACUGUGACAUUAAGGUCUGGCAGAUUUUUCUUCCUGCUAUCUAAAAUCUAUAUUAAGUAAGUGAUUUUCAAAUAAGUGAUUUCAGGAUCAUGUUAGUAACUCCAUGAAUACUAUAUUGGUUAUGACUUAUGAAUGAUGAGCCGUCUAUGACUUUAUCAUCUAGUAAUCUUUAUGGUUGA